AUGCAAAAACCAGAUGUGUAUUGGCAUGAUGAUGGGUACUUUAUUAUCAAUAUGUGUUCUAGUGAUGAUAGAGAUACUAUACUUUGUUCUGGUCCUCAUAUGAUUUUUGGGAAGCCUGCAAUAGUGAAGCCUUGGUGCCCCGAUUUUGAUUUUCAUUCUGAAAUUCUUAGAACUAUUCCUCUUUGGGUUAAAUUCCCUAAUCUCCCACUUAAUUGUUGGGGAUCUCACACUCUUAGUCGCCUUGGUAGUUUGCUUGGAGUGCCAAUUUGUGCUGAUGAGUGUACUACUAGACAGCUUAGAGUGUCUUUUGCUAGGGUUCUGAUUGAGAUUGAUGUUAAAAAACCUAUGCCAACCUCUGUGUGGGUUGAGAGUCCUUCAAAGGAAUUAUUGGAGAUCAGGGUGGUGUAUGAUUGGGCUCCUUCUUUUUUCUCUAAGUGUAACAAGAUUGGUCAUGAUUGCUAUGUUAAGCCUCCUUUGCCUAAGCAGGCUUCUAAGCAAUCGGCUCCUGUUCCUCCUAAGCAAAAGCAAGUUUGGGCUCCUAAGCCUACCCAUGUUCCUGCUUCUACUGCUGCUGUUGAUGUUGGGGUUUCUGUUCAUGGUCAAUCUAUUAUUACUCCACAGGUUCAUACCUCUAAGAAUUCAGAUGAGGGUUGGAGAAUAGUAGGGAGGAAAACAAAAAGUCAGCAAACUAGAGUUCAUCAUCCUGCUUCUACCUCUAAUGCCUUUGUUGCUUUGUUUGCAAAUGAAAUGGAUGGUGCAGGUGGUUUCACUAUAAAUCCAAGCGGGGGUGAGGUUAAUCCCCCUUUUGUGUCAUGA